ACAGGUGUGUGACAUGACAUUUUAAUUCGCUGAGAUAUGAUACCAUUUGUUUGCCGAUAUUUAAUUUAAAAGUUUAAGUCAGGAUCCAACAGAUCUGCCAGUCACUCGCCUUCCUAGCAGACAUGAGGUCACACAUGCUCAUUAUAUACAUAACGGCAGCCGCUGCCCUCGUCCUCCUACCUUCCGGAGAGGCUGGAGUGGUAUCCCAGACUAUGGUAUCCAAAUCAGGCAUUACUGAAAGUACCGCUGGCGUGUUGAAGAAAACCGGUGUUACUAACCCUAGCGAAUACUAUUCCUUGAGUUACGUGUACAAGAUCUACUCCGGCUGCUUGAAGACUUGCAUGGGCAAGCUCGAUGAAGAGGCUAAGCUGAAAUGUCAAGCAGAAAAACAGGACAAUUGUAAAAAAAUGAACUCGUACAGCCUGAAAGACUUUAUAAUGUAUCAUAUUUCAAUGAUGACUUUGGGGAAAGCCCUGCAGAUGCCAGCAGCGUUACUAGGAGCCUCUUUCGGAGUAGUAGAGUCUGCUGCAGGAAAUGCGGUAAAAGCGACGGGAGCUGUAGCAGGAGCUACGGGAGCGAUUCUUGGAUCAACGAUGAGUGCGACAGGAUCGUUAGUGGGGAACGCUAUGGGAGCUACAAUUGGAGCGGGAGUAAAGAAUCCACUAGCAGCUUUGGGGUCCACUGGUAACAGCAUAAUCCCGAAGGUCAACCUUGGUAUGCCAAUGAAUAAAAAGAGUUAGAAUUUAAAAAAAACAUUUACAAAUUUAUUCAAAUCUGAAAAUAUGAAAUAGUGCUACGUCAAUCUCAAUAAAUAUUAUCUUUAUAUCAUAUUGUAAUCUGAAUACAAUAAAGCAUAAAGGCAACCCUG